AUGCGCCAGUCACGCACGAAUCUACGCGUACUGACUGUCCUGAGCUUCAGCUGCGGCAUUCUCAUGUGGAUUUUUGCGCUCCAAGUUCGGAGGGCCACGAACCUACGAUCUAGUGCUGCAGCGCUGGUGACAUUAAGUAGCUUUGUCAUGCUGCUCUCGGUUUUGGGCUUCGUUGGCGCCAAGCGCGACCGCAAAAGUCGAAUCUUGCUCUUGUUUUUCGGCUGUAACUUUUUGCUUGUCUCGAGCCUCUUUGUCAUGUGCUACGCCGCGUUCUUCUUUCAAGACGCUCUUGAGUCUUGGAUCAAACAUCACUGGGCUGCAUCGGCUCUGAGGGACAAGCCGUGCUGUACCACCUACAGUGAUACGGUGCAGUACCUGAAGCGUUGUGCAGUGAUUGUAGGCGGGUUGGGCACAGUAUGCAUGCUGCUGGUCAUAUCGGCCAUGUACUUCGUCGUGCGCAUCGUGACGGUACCAGUCGUCAUGCGCCGCAUGCAGUCGGUCCUAAACGUAGUCUUCAUGAUACUAGGCACGGGGCUGUUUGCUGUUGGGCUGUUGUGUUAUGCGCACGAUGAAAUGACGUCAGGACAAAAAUGGAUGGCCAUUAUUCUCAUCACCGUCGGCGCGCUGCUAUUUGCCCUCUCUGUGCUGGGCAUCAUCACCUUGAGGGCCAGAAGCCGAUCCUUGCUCCUCGCCUACAUCAUCGGUCUUGGAGGUUGUCUCGUUGCGCUAGUGCUUUGCUCAUUCAGCGCCUUCUUCUAUCCGGACAAAUUGGCAUGGACAUUUCAGGAGCAAAAGACAAGCUCAAAGCUGGCGUGUGAUCUCAGUUUACCGGGGUGUACGAACUGCACCGAACUGGUUUUUGAGAUGACGCGAUGUGAAGGAGCUAUGCGCGCCUUCGACAAUUACUGGGUUGCGUGUGACAGCUCGACGUCUGGCAUUAAAGAGAGUGCUACUGGUGGCGACUGCCUCAGGGAUAUGAUGAUUUUAAACGAUAAUCCUGACCAAGGUUACAUAGGAAACGAUAUCGCCGAAUGCGGCAAAUGUCCAGAAUGGUCAGCCACGGACGUGCGAGUGUAUCUCCAAAGCCUGCUGCAUCUCCUUGGUAUUUUUGUUCUUGUGGUGUGCCUCUUCAUCGCUGUAGGGUUUGCUGGUGCGUUAGUACUGCGACGAAGUUUAGCAGGUUAUCAAACGGAUUCCGUAUAA